AUGGAGAAUAUUUGGCCAAACCUGCAAAUGUUUUUCUACUUUUUCUUCUUCUUCAUCUCCUUCCCUCAACUCCUACAAUUGCAAGCUUCCUCAGAUUACAUUCGACCACCUGCAGGGAGCAAUUUAACCACACCACACCACGGUUCAGCCUCCGACCCACAACAGGUACAUAUAUCUCUAUCAGGAAGUGAUCAUGUGAGAGUUUCAUGGAUUACAGAAGAUAGAAAGGUUCCUUCAUUAGUUGAAUACGGUAAAAAUCCUGGAAAAUAUGAUGCAUCAGCUACCGGAGAACAUGAAUCAUAUGAUUAUUUGUUCUACACCUCCGGCGAGAUUCAUCACGUUAAGAUCGGACCUUUGGAUCCUAGCACCACUUAUCACUAUCGUUGUGGUGGAACAGGCCCGGAGUUUAGCUUCAAGACACCACCAUCUACUUUCCCCAUUGAAUUCGCUGUUUCAGGGGACCUUGGGCAAACGGAUUGGACGGUAUCAACGCUUGCACACGUGGGAGCACAAGACUACGACGUUUUCUUACUGCCUGGAGAUCUAUCCUACGCGAACGGCGAUCAGCCCCUUUGGGACUCCUUCGGCCGGUUGGUCCAACCAUAUGCGAGCCAGCGACCGUGGAUGGUGACGCAAGGAAAUCACGAGGUUGAAUCCUUCGAAAGCUACGAGCCUCCACCCUUCAUAUCCUACAAUGCCAGGUGGCGCAUGCCCUUCAUAGAGAGUGGGUCCACCUCUAACCUCUACUACUCUUUCGACGUGGCCGGAGUUCACAUCGUGAUGUUGGGUUCUUACGCCAACUACGCCGUUGGAUCAGAACAAUACAAAUGGCUUCAAGCUGACUUGGCAAAGGUCGACCGGAAGAUAACACCAUGGCUCGUCGUUAUACUUCACGCCCCAUGGUAUAAUACCAACACUGCCCAUCAAGGUGAGGGGGAAAGAAUGAGGAAAGCCAUGGAAGGUUUACUCUAUAAGGCGCGAGUCGACAUUGUUUUCGUUGGACAUGUUCAUGCCUACGAGCGAUUUACGAGGGUGUUCAACAACACGGCCAACCAAUGUGGUCCAAUGCAUGUGACCAUAGGGGAUGGAGGAAACAAAGAAGGACUUGCUUUAGACUAUAAGGAGCCUCCUUCUCCUCUGUCGGUGUUCCGGGAAGCAAGCUUCGGACAUGGCCGGUUCAGGGUAUUCAACCAAACUCACGCUCACUGGUCAUGGCACCGCAACAAUGAUACCGAAGCAACAGUUGCAGAUGGGGUGUGGCUUGAAAGUCUCACCGUGUCUAGCGUUUGUAUGAAGCCUUCUAAAUCUAUUAAAGAUGAACUUUGAAGCUAAUGU